UCAUUUGACGUUUGUGCAUUUUGCUUUCCGUGUUUUACAAUUUACAAUUUUGCAGUGGUCUCAAGUUUUGUGAAUUGCAGGCAGAAUUUUAACAAAAUAAAGUAAAAAAAUAAUUAUUUAUAAUAUAUUUCAAUUUUUGAAAAAAUAUGAUCGCUUAAAGUAUUAUAUUUCUGAUAAUAAUUACAAUGGAAGUCGAUUUAAAACAACUUGUACAUAAAGAUCAAAUCAUCAAAAUUGUUCCUUCCACUGAAGAAUCUCUUCGAAAUUUAGGUGUAAAUACAGAUCUCGAUGAAACUGUUCAACUGUGGUUCAAUCACUUGAAACAGCACUGGAAAACUUGGAAAAAAUGUCCUGCUACAGACGGCCACUUUAACAGUUUGUUUCAGAUUACAGAAGAUCCUUACACAGUGGCUUUGGUUUGCAGUGUCAAAUGUGAAGAAUUCAAAGAUAGUAAGUGUAAAACACUGCCAUAUUAUAUUAUAGAGACCUUAGCACAAUGGGCUCAACUUAAUGGCAAAACACCAACUGAUACAUUGAAGCUUCCUGCUUUUCACAUUUCCAUAAGUCAAAGAAGCGCGCAGUUUCUUAAAUUAAUGAUAAAUACAUACCACGUCCACACAAUCAAGGAAAUUAUUCUACCAAUUGUUCAGGGAAUGAUAAAAAAUGACAACAGUAAACUAGCAUCACAGAUAGUAAUAGCGAUGAAGCUGUAUGAUGACAUACCUGUAGAAGACCUCCUGUUUCCAUUCAUUCUUCAAGAUAAAGCUAAUAUGAUUGAUGAAUAUUUAUCAGAGUGUCCAAAGCAAGUAAAACCACUGUUAUUAUUUUUAGACAGGUUAUUGGACAAGAAUUUAAGUGUCAAAGAUUAUGCACAAAAAUACAUAGAAGAUAAUAAAGUCAGUCAUGUAAAGUAUGACAAAAUUCAUUACAAACCCCUUGGAAAAUUAGUUGGACGGCUAUGUAAUAAAUUUAAUAUUCCAGUAGAAAGUUGUAAAAAUCUCAGUAAGAAUCGCACAACUGGGGGGCUGAGAUAUCUGAUUCAUCAAAAAUAUGUAGAAAAUAAUGUAAGCUCUUCAGUGUGGGACGAUUUAGUUAAAGAUUCCCUUCAACAGAGUGGGUGCGCUCAAGAAUUUAUUGAUAUGCUGGUAGAUUAUGAUACAAAUGAGGCCUUAAAAUGGGCUUCACACUUUAAGAUACCUGACAAUAGUUUGCCGUUGGCUUUAAAAAACUUGUCAUUACAAGAAGUUCCUCCAGUGGAUGAAAAUUGGGAUCAAGAAAAUGCCACACACAACUUCUACAAACUUCCUGUGCCACAAAACAACAUAAUAUUCAUUGAUACAGCUGAAAAAUUCUAUGAUGUUGUUACAACUUUAGUCAACUGUAGCAUACUGAGCAUGGACUGUGAAUGGAAACCAUCUUUUGGGGCGGUACAGUCUCAAGUUGCUCUAAUUCAAAUUGCUACUUUUGACUAUAUCUAUUUGAUUGAUACAAUAAUAUUGAAUAGUAAGCAGUAUACAAGCUUCUGGUACAGGUUUAAUAAAUCAGUAUUAGACAAUGCUGAAAUAAUUAAACUAGGAUUUGGCCUUGAACAAGACCUGAAAGAAAUUAAAGCUUCAGUAAAUGGGCUGGGCAGUAUAAAAGUAAAAGGUGAAGGCUUCUUAGACUUAAGUUUAUUAUGGAAAAGUGUUAUAAAUCUUGGACUAUCUUUGCCUAGCGAUAGUGACACUGGAGGCAACAGUUUAACUUCCAUAGUGCAAGCUUGCUUUGGUGUACCAGUAGAAAAGUCUGAGCAGUGUUCUAACUGGGAACUAAGACCAUUGAGACAAACACAAAUAAAUUAUGCUGCUAUUGAUGCAUAUGUAUUACUAGAAAUUUACAAAUACCUACAAAAGUUGUGUUUAGAACAGCAUAUUAAUUUCGAGGAAAUAUGUAAUUAUGUGAUGAUAGAGAAAAAAAUCAAGACUACAAAGAAAAAUAAAGUCGCUGAUAGAAUACAAGCAUCCGUUAAGGAUUUCCAAAGACUAAGUAAAGAUGUAAAAAUACUGGUAGAGUCUGACUUAUCACACUUGUUACCAUAUUUGAGGUACUGUGAUAUUGAUACCAUGGCUACUUCGCCGACAACAUAUUGGCAUGAUACAAUUAAUUUAGCUUUGUCAGAAGAUCGAUUAAUUUUAACAUCCAAGUUAAAAUUAACGCCAACUGUAAAAUACUCUCAAAAUUUCAUAUUGGACAUAUGUAAAUGUACCGCUGUCAAAGACCAGUUACAUAAAGUAUUAUCUAGUUUUAACAUUAUAGUUAAGCAAAGUGAUCUUUUAAAUAGAUGUUUAAAUUGUAAUGAAAAAGAAUUGAAAAUUCUUUCUCCAAAUGCAGUGAUGGAGUUGUGUAAGAAAUAUGGUGCUUCCAGUAACAAUAAAGUAAAUAUUAGACAUGCUAGUGAUAAUGAAGAAGAUGAUGCAUAUUGUGAUAACUUCCUUAGUGAUUCUGAUGGAGAUGAUUUUUGUUUGUACCAACCUGUAAACACAAAAACCCACACAGCACAAUCAAAUAGUAAGGUAUUAUCAGAAUCGUGUGUUACUAGCAAAGGUGCAAAAAUACAAUACAUUAGCAAUAUUCAAAGGCUCUCAACAUCUGGCAAACCUGCAACUCUUUGUGAAAAUUGUGGAAAAUUAUAUUGGGAUGAAGAUCCUUUAUUAAGGUCUGUUUGGGAAUUAAUCUCACCAUUAAUAGGUACUAGUGGACACAGUGGACAUUCUACCACCUAAAGACUAAUAAUUUUU